AUGCUUUGCGCAAUCUCCGGCGAAGCUCCUCGCGAACCCGUCGCGUCGCGCAAGAGCGGCAAUGUGUUUGAGAAGCGGCUGAUCGAGGCACACAUCUCCGAACAUCACACUGAUCCCGUCACGGGCGAAGACCUCGCGAUUGAGGAUCUCAUCGAGCUCAAGUCCCCACAAGUCGUCACCCCCCGCCCGCCAAACCUGACCUCCAUACCGGCCCUCCUCAGCGCCUUCCAGAACGAGUGGGAUGCCAUUGUACUCGAGACUCACACACUCAAGCAGCAGCUGGCGCAAACACGACAGGAGCUCAGCACCGCUCUCUAUCAAAACGAUGCGGCGACCCGAGUGAUUGCACGCUUGACGCGCGAGCGAGACGAGGCGCGAGAGGCCCUGUCCAAUGUCACGAUUAGUGGAGCUACUGGCAGCAACGGCGAUGCCAUGCAGGUGGACAGCCAGGCACUGCCCGAGGAGCUGGUCGAGAAGAUCGACGAAACACAGCAACAACUAUUCUCUACCCGUCGAAAGCGUCCCAUUCCCGAUGGCUGGGCCACGGCCGAAGACAUCUCCACAUUCAGCCUUACCGCCGCGACCGACCCCCUCCAGCCGGGCAGCCAGAACGUGGCACUUCAUGCGUCUGGUGAUCUGGCCCUCUUCGGUGGCACUCUCAACGUUGCUGGUGUCUACUCCAUCUCACAAGGUGAUUUCGUGCAGACGCUCCAGGCUGGCAGCAGAGUCAUGGCCACUGCUUGGUGGGGAGAUCGCGCCAUCGUCGCUACGGAAGCUGGCACCGUCAAGAUAUUUGACCAAGGAAACGAACUCGCGCAAGUCGGCUCGCACGCGGGGCCUGUCAAGGCGCUCUCGAUACACCCCAGCGGAAGGAUUCUCGCCUCUACCGGAACAGACAAGCGUUUCGAGCUCCAUGACCUCGCGACUUUCAAGACGGUAUCGCAAGUCUAUGUGGAGGCCGAGAUUACUUCCUGCGCAUUCCACGUCGAUGGCUUACUCUUCUUCGUGGGUAACUCAGACGGCAAGAUUCGCGUCUUUGACGUCAAAACUGGAAACGCCAUGGUUGAGCUGGAAACUGGUGCGCCUGUUCUCGAUAUUUCCUUCUCCGAGAAUGGAACCUGGUUUGCGGUUGUCAACCAAGGAUCCAGCAGCGUCUCGGUCUGGGACAUAAGAAAACAGAGCGUAGUCAAGGUGCUUGAGACUGGCAGCGAAGUCAAGAGAGCCAAGUGGGACUACACGGGCACAUAUCUUGCUAUUGCUGGCGAAGGUGGCGUAUCUGUGCAACAAUACAUCAAGACUUCCAAGAGCUGGGUCGAGCUCAUGAGUAAAGCGGAACCGGCGAUAGAUGUUGCUUGGACAGUCAACGCCGCUAGUUUGGUUGCUCUGGCGUCGGAGGGAAGUUUAAAAAUUCCUAGGAACGGCGUGAAUAAAGGGGAGGCAGAAAAGCGCUUGUGGCGCAUGUAUUGUGUCGUUCACAAUGAUGGUGAAAGUUGCUCGACUUGGACUGUAGUCAUGUUCAGGAUGCACAACGACUUCGGAAGCGCCCUCAUCCUUGCCACCAACGCCAACUACUGUCGUCGAUCUCACGACUUCAUACCCGGAACACCACCUUCUCCUCACCCACGGACCGUCACCCGUCAAGCACAUAACAGCCUGUACGCUGGGAAGCACCUGGCGGCACUUCGUAUAUUGACUGUGAGGAUGGCGGAGGCGCCAUUUGGGUGGCCGCACAGACAAAAGGUGAGCGCUGGUAGUACAACACAGACAAAGGGUACAAGGGACGAUCCACUGACUAUAUAUGCGCAGCGUUCACUGACCCAAAUGCAGGCUGACGGUCGUUCUGUCUCGCCUGCAUGGUCUUUUGGCUCACUCCAUAACUCCCACGAACAGCCGGUACAUCCAGAGCGCCUCAGCGACUAUCGCUCAGCACAACCACAAGCCUUCGAUUACCGAGAAAGCCAAAGCCAAAGUCAUUAUCACGGGCUAGACUCUACCUUUGAAAACUUUUCUAGCGCUCCAGUUUCCCAGGCAAGCAGACCAACAACGCGAUCGGACUCAGCUGGAGCUUCGCCGCCUCUCCAAAACGCACAACCAGCCCCACAGGUGGCAGAUAUGGCGUCACAGACACCGCGACGCUUUGUCGGGGAUGGGUUUGAUUACAGACGACCUGCUGGGCCGGCAGGUUUACAUGUAAAUCAUUCACAGGAGCAGGCAGAGGACAAUGAUGGCGAAGGAGGUAUCAUGGUGGAUUUGAGUGGACCUGAGAAUGACAGUGUGAUCGACCUGACCGCGGACGAUUCGGGUUACGGGGCAUCCCAGGACAAUAGCAUGCGCCACAACAUUCAGGCUUCUCGAUCCUCUGCCCAUCCGCAUGGAAGGAACAAUGCUACGCCUCGUUUACCGAGGGGCAUGGAUAUCAUAAUCGAUUUGGACAGUGGUGCAGAGGAAUGGAGAGAAGUAACACCAGGAUCUCCAGAAAUCGAAUUCAUCUCGGCACGGCCAUUGGAUCCGCACCAACGAAGAUCGUUCUGGCGGCAAGCUGGCAACAUGAACGCAGACGAUGUUCAGUUUGUGAGGGAACAAGCGCUGCCCGAAAACGACGUACGACGUCGAACGAACCGAGAUCUGGAUCAUGCUCUAGACAUGCUGGGCAUCUUGGGCGGCAACUUUGGGCACCUCCGCGCCCACGUCGAUCGUUAUAAUAACCAGUUGUUGGACGGUGCGGGCGGGUGGCGAGGCCGUGGUCCCAUUGCGCCUCCACGGGCACCACGCGCUGCUAGUGUGCCGACCAGUUCCAAUUCUGAGCCUGUCCGUGUUGGAGCGUUUGUUGCACCUACUCUCGACUUUGGCGUAAUAGGAUUUGACAUGGUAGGCAUGGGCGGAGCUCGUGCCGCAGAACAACAGCCGCCACCGACAUAUGACGCACCUCCCAAGGCACCCGACGGCUUUACGCGGAGUCCAGCCGAACAAGAUGUUCUGGCAUGUCCAAACUGCGGAGACGAAUUGUGUGUAGGAGACGAUGAUGCGAAGAGACAGGUGUGGAUAGUGAAGGGGUGCGGACAUGUGUACUGUGGCGAAUGCACAGCAAAUCGCGCUGUUAAGAAAAGCUCAAAGGGUAAGGAAAGGCCACCAAAUACCAAACCCUUCAAGAAGUGCGUGGUAGAGGAUUGCGAAAGGAGUGUAGUUCAUCGCAAGAGCAUGAUCCAGGUCUUCCUAUAG